AUGUCUUAUAAUCAUAACUUAGCCAAAGUCUAUGAUGUAGAAGAACAAGAGUUCCUCCUGGACCAAUCUUUGCAUGAGGUAGACAGUUCUCGCCAAUGGGCCCCUGAAAGCUUCCCUGUGUCAAUGGAUCGAGCACAUCUUCAGGCGGAUAGACGAUCAGAUAUCUCGACAGUAGGACAAGCUACCAGUUAUCAACCGACUUAUAGAAGGUCUCCUGAAAGCCCUUCGUCUCAAUUUGACAUUGAUCAAUUCGAACGUUGUCAGUUUGUUGAGUUCCAAUUUGACCCUCUUCAACAUGAAAUCACUCAGAUCGAUGAUUACAAAUCCAAUCUUGACCAACCUCAUGCGCUCAGCCAUUUCAGUAAACUUAACAGUCGUCCAGAAACGGCUAUCCCAAAUCGUUCAGCCAGUAUGGUAGAAUCAGAUACAUUACCUGGCAAAUCCCUACCCUCUUCAGCCGGCAAGAAGAGGUCAUCGAGCGGUUCAGGUGUAAUCAAGUACGUGUUUCUGAUUGCAGACGAUUCGUACGAUAGCAUACUGACUAGUUAUCCAAGACCAAAACGAAGAAACCGGCAUGCGAUUCCCAAUCCUAUCGAACCCUCAAGAAUUGGUAGUACUAGACAUCUUCCACCCGGAGAGAAAAAUUUAGUAAACACUGCCAGCGCUAUCAAUGAAAUUGAUCAAUCCUGUGACGAUGCUGAAGCGAGAACGGUUGAUAACACCGCCUACGCCAAAUACGUGUCGAAAUACUCGGGAGACGCACAAAGAUUGUCUGCAGCCGAGUAUCUUAAUGACCACCUCAGAAAAGAACUGGGUAUGCAAGACAGCUUUGAACCACGGAGAGACUACUCAGAGCGAUGGACUCUGAGAGACGAAGCCAUCGAAUACAGAGCGGUACAUUUGGAUAACCAACGGUUGCGAUCUCUGUUGCCAGAUGAUGACAACAAGCUCCCAGCAGAUCCGUCAGGCAACCAGAAUACAGCCUCUGCUGCCGAGGAAGAAUCAAGUAAGCCAAAGAAGCACGAGCGAAUCAAAGCAGAGCGUACGCGACUCAAAGCAGAACGUACGCGACUCAAAGCAGAACGGAAUCGGAUAGAAUCGGAACCGGCGCGAGAGUAUCGUAAACUUCUACAAGAAAACGAAGAGCUGAAUCGCGCUCUGCGUAGAAAUGCAAGUCCAAAGCUUUCCACUCCUUCCAUUUUGAGGGAAUAUCAGCGCAGCUCGCAGAAAUUAUCGAAACGAAAUUCGGAGUUGAAGAAUUUGAGGGCGCGUAUAGGACCCUUGGCCGACCAGACUUCGUUCGAUUAUCAACCAGAAAACCACCCGCGAGCGAAUCCCGAGGAAUAUACAGAGGAUAAUGUCGAUGUCGACAUUCCGGACUUCGGUCACGACUUUCCUGAUUUCACCUUUGAUGAAGAUUUCACAUUGUAG